CGCCAUCUUCCCUGGCAGCAAUUGACCGCGUGGUUUGGUUUUCAGAACCUUUGAAUGCAACGCUUUAAUCCCGAUCGAAUGCAAUUGCCGUAAUGCCGCUGUCCUCGCCGAGGAAACGAUACGAACAGCGUGGCAACGUAACAACUAACUCUAUGUCCGUCGAGUGCAGUGGUGGCACGUUAACUCGCAGUCUGUAAUCCUUGGAUUCAGAGCUGGGUAAAAUUUGCCGAGAAAAUCCGUCUAACAGCAGAGCACCGGACGCUGUGCGGUUCGGCUAGGGAACCGUUUCGAUGUUGCGCUCGACACUUGAAACUUGUGCUUAAAAUACUUGUUGCCGGUAACGGCGAAUCGAACGGAGAAUUAGUAUCGGCGGGCAGGAAACGAUUCGCGCUGAACAAAGUGCAGAGAGCUCGAGCUGUUGGCCGGUCCGCCGAGUCGGGUUGCUCCUUCGCAGGCACGGGGAGUCGGUGCAGUGAAGUCGAGCAGCGAUCUCUGGAAAUACUUGCAAACAGUCUCUCGAGAAGUUCCCCCGAGCACUGGGACGCGUCGUUCUCGAGGGUUUCGGCGCGAUUCGAAGGGGAAAAGAGCGGUUCGUCGGUAGAAAGGAGGUUUUACCCAGCGCUCUCCUGGUCGCAUGCCGGCAGUUUUCGCAGCACUGGUCGCCUAGCACGCGGUGUGCGGUCGGAAAAGUGACGGGAAGCUUUUUUUCCCCGAGUUCGAAACCCGGACCCGGGCCCCUCGGAUAAGCGAGAGCACGCUGUUCGACGGCCAGGGCCGGUUUCGGCCAGGGCCGAUUAUGCAACGGCCCCGCGACGAUCGGCCGACGAUCCGUCAUGUCCGGGAAUUUUUCCACGUGCUGCGUGGCGCCCUGUGGAAAUUCGAAACCGCGGUUCAAAGAAUUUCGACACGCGUGUGAAAGAGAAUUUUCCGAAGAUGAUGCGCGCCAGCGUAGCGCAUGGAAAAAUUGGGUCGAUGUGCGAAAGAUGGCGGCCGCUGCGUGGUGUGCGUGAGAAAAGAUUCGUGCCGUGGAUUUCGCCAACAACAUGACAAGAUACGGGGAUGCCUGUUUACACGUGCAGAGCGCUAUCGUACGCGGACCUCCCGUAAUGUGCUUCUAACUGUUCAGAUCCUAUGCGACCGGCCCGCGCGAAGAACGCUUGUUUACGGGAAACAGUUUCGUGCAAUUACGGUUGAACCGCGGAGUGGAGUGUCGCAAAGGAUAAACGAGAGCCCGCGACGCAGACGAGACACUGGAGAUAAAGUGUUGCCGGACUUCGGCCCGGUGAGAAGACCAGUAGAGAUGCUGAAGCAAUUGCAGAUGGGGAUGAGAGCUUUCCUCUCGAUGGCCUCCCGUGUGUGGACUUGCGUCUGCUUUCUCCUCAAGAAGCAGGUUAGAGCCAUAUCGCAAAUGCAACCUGUUAAAUACGAGAUCUUCCCACUAUCCCCACUGUCGAGGCACAGGCUUAAUAUAGUUAAAAGGAAAGUGUUGGUAUUGGAUCUAGAUGAAACUUUAAUUCACUCUCAUCACGAUGGAGUGGCAAGGCCAACGGUUAGGCCUGGUACACCUGCAGACUUUGUCCUCAAGGUGACGAUAGAUAGACAUCCAGUCAGAUUUUUCGUUCAUAAGAGACCACACGUAGAUUUCUUUUUAGACAUUGUUAGUCAAUGGUACGAAUUAGUGGUCUUCACUGCUUCCAUGGAAAUCUAUGGAGCAGCUGUUGCAGAUAAGUUAGAUAACAACAGAGGUAUUCUAAGGCGCAGAUAUUAUAGACAACACUGUACACCAGAAAUGGGUUCCUAUACUAAAGACUUGUCUGCAAUUUGUCCAGACUUGGCAUCAGUCUUUAUACUUGAUAAUAGUCCUGGAGCCUACAGAGCUUACCCAGAUAACGCGAUACCAAUCAAAUCGUGGUUUAGCGACGCGGGGGACACAGCUCUGUUGAGUUUACUUCCAGUUUUGGAUGCGCUCCGUUUCACGCAAGACGUGCGAUCCGUUCUUUCGAGGAAUUUACAUUUACAUCAUACUUGGUAGCACAGUCCGGAUUGACCGAUACGUUAGAUUUAUUAGAGACACCGAGCUGCGAAAACAAUUUAGCGUGUUUAAUCUAGGAUUAUUAUUGUUACGGAUAAUAGACACUAGGAUGCUGCCUGAAUGAUGCGACGAUGAUCCCUUUACCCUGUCCUCAUUUUCUACGCUCGUUAAACGACAAAAGAAAUAAAAAAUACGGAACCAUAGCGGGUAAGAUCGAGAAAAGAAAGGGCGAGUGGGACCUUCAACCAAAUUAUUUAUGUCAGCACAAAAUAUCCUGAUAUAUUUUUCGUUAUGUUCAUGUGUGCGCAAUAAUUAUAUAUAUGUAUACACAUAUAUACAUGUGUAUGUUUAUAUGUAUAUACGCAUAUAGAUAUACAUAUGGAUAGAGACGUACCAUACACUUACCAUACAUACCCACGUACAACACACAUACACAUAAGUACACGAAAACAAUGUUUUCUUGAAAAGAUGUAUUUGCCAAAGAUCGAGUUUUUAAAGUAACGUAGACUCGUAUAUUUCACUCUAAAUAAUUUUGUUCUAAGUAAAGAUAUUAUACUGAACGUUUUAUGUACUAUUUUGCCACACAUGAUGAGGGAAAAACAAAAAAGUGUUAUAUUUUUUAAACGAAUUAUUUCUGUUAUAUAUAAUAUUAUUGAACCUAGGGUGUAGUGUAAACGAAAACAAUGAUGAAGUACUAAGUCACACUUCGAAUGGAGUUCGCCGCGACUCACUGUAUCAGUGAGGCGGCUAUCCUGAUUACCUAACUAAAUAAAAGGAAGUAUUAAAGAACUACGAAGGGGCGAUUUAAUUUCAUCAAAUUUUUUUAGAGAAGAUUAGAAUUAUUUAAAAUGCGAUGUACGAUGUUAAUACGCAGUGAGAAAAGAGGAAAAAGGCGAAGAAAAAAAACGGGGGGGGGGUGAAAAUAGACGAAUAAAGUAACAGUGACAGGAUGUUGCAAUCGGACGUACAACUGUACACUUUGUUCGCUUGUUUAAUCAUUCAAAAGUACUAUUGAAUAUUAUAUGAUUUGUAAAUACUACGAUGAGGAAUGUAUUUGUUGCCGAAUGACUGGACUGCGUGAAUGAACAGUGUAAUUAAGCCAUUAAACUUGUAAUUUUACGUAAUAUUUAUAUAUGCAUAUAUACAUGUACGUAUAUACAUAUAUAUAAAUGUUAAUUUUACUUAAAUCAUGAAACUUUCAUUGAAAAAUAAAAGGAUACACCCAUGUGCACAAGAACUAAACUAGCGAACGAUAAGUUGUCCUCGAAUGAAGAAAAAGAAAGAGAGAAAGAUAGAAAGAAAGAAAGAAAGAAAGAAAGAAAGAAAGAAAGAAAGAAAGAAAAAAGAGGACUGUAAGUACAUUGAGAACAUUUGUUUAUUUAUUGACGUGUAUCGAACAAGUUGCUCACGAGGAUUUAUAUUACUAAUUGUAAUUUAUCCCAAAGUAUGAUUAGCCAUGGGUAUAUACAUGAAUAGGAUAGAGAGCAGGAUCACACACCACACUCGAUGAAAAUCUCUUUCUGUACAUAAUGUGCCUGUAUGUACAUGUAUGUAUGUUCAUGCGGUUGCAUACAUGCAGUUCUAUGUAUAUGUCGAGGUAAUAAUUUUUUAAUUUCAAAUACACACAGUGCAAAAUCAAAGGUCAGUGGCUUAAAUAUGGUUCUUUGUAUUGCGACUGUCUCCUUAAAUUUAAGUACGGAUUAAAAUGUACAUAUUUAGUUUGUAAAAAAAAGGUACUUAUUUUUUUGGUUUUUAUACCUUCCCCGAUACAUUGAUUAAACGACUUUAUAUUGAAAAUAAAAUAUGUUAUUAACGAACGUGAGAUGUCCUUGAAAGCAACAGUGAAAUGUUGUUGUCACAAACCAAAGGGUAAAAAGAUGUUAAUCUUUUAAGGGACUUAUUAAAAAGAUUAAGUGAUUACCACAGUUUAAAAGAAUUAUUAUUAUUAUCAUCAUCAUCAUAUCAUCAUCAUCAUUAUCAUCAUCAUCAUCAUCAUCAUCAUCAUCAUUAUUAUUAUUAUUAUUAAAAAAAAGAAAAAGCGAUGCAUUACAUGUAUCCUUUUUUGUGUCAUAAGCAGCUUUACACAUACCCAUUCUAGAAAUAAUAAAAAUUCAAAUAUGAUUUCAUUGAAAACAAUGAAAAUAACAUUUAAUUGAGUAAACUGAGUAUAAGAUCAGCAGCACUCGAGUUUCAAUAUUAUAUUACACAUGAUCAGUUUCUGCAUUGGUUUUGGAUAUACAUCAUAGAAUAUCCUAUGUUUCGAAGACUUUCGUGAUGGAAGUGAAGAUUCAUGGAAUUAUUGUAAAAUCACUCCUUGGGUGGAUCCUCGCGAAUCAUUUCCAGAGAGCUAUCUGAAUUAUUAGUACUACUUCCACUUCCAGCAUCAUCUUCCCGUUCGCUCGGUUUUUCCUGACUUGUACCUGUAGCAUCUAAUUGCCACGUUGGUAUAGAUGCUGGUGCACUCGGAAAUUGUUUUCUGUUUAAAAUUUGAAGCUCUGGUAAAUAGUAAUGUCACUAUUUAUGGAUCGAUUUUAUACAAUGACUCAAUCUCGUUUUUGGAUAUCCUAAUUAUGAUGUAGUACAACAUAUUGAAAGUAGGAUCUGUGUUUUUUAUACGUUCUUUUUGUAACCAAUCAAAGUUAAACAAAUAUAUUUUAUAGCUGCUUUUUUCGAAAGAUGUAUUACUUUUGUAUUUUUAGAUAAAGCUAUCCUGGCGUGACUGACAUAAGAAAUGCAUAUAUUUGUAUGUGUAUCUGCAUAAACUAUUGUAAAGAACAAAAGAUCGCAUUAUAAAUGUAUAAAUUUAAAUCUGAGAUAGCGAUGUGUAAGCAAAUUAACUUGUAUAGCAA